GUGUGUCGUGUGUGUAGUGAAGUAAAUUCAGAGUAGGCCUGGCCUGGCCUAGAUCUAGACUAUUUUUUUUUUAAAGUUAUUUAUUGUCUUGCUAGAGUAGAGGACUAACAAAACUGAUCUGACAUGGAUGAAGAAAAAAAAGACGAACCAAAAAGAAAGCCUAACGCGAGGUCUCCAGUUAGACCAAAAAAUUAUGGUCAGCGUCCUCCUGCCCAAAAUGGCCGCACAGAGCACAGGGGAAGAUAUCCACGCAUGUCCUCCAACCAUGUGAGCAGGACAAGUAAUGGACCUGCAAGCCAAGAAAUGGCCAUGCAGUUUAAUCAGGGGCCGUCUUUGUUCACGCCAUCAGAAUCAAAUGAGGCAUCUACUCAGACGCAACAAAACGGUGGGCCUGUUGAUCAAACUAACUGGUUUAGACCAGCUCAAGGUAUUCCAGCUGGCCUCAAUGAUAUUGGUGGGCUACAAGAUGGCCCUUCUAAUGUUGGAUUCUAUAGGACAGAUAACAGUCAAACAUUUGGGUUCAAUGACCUUGGUGGACAACAAGAUGGACCUUCUAAUAAUGGCUUCCAAAGGGCAGACAACAGUCAAACAUUUGGGUUCAAUGACCUUGGUAGACAACAAGAUGGCCCUUCUAAUGUUGGAUUCCACAACAAUCAAACACUUGGGUUUAAUGAUGUUGGUAGACUACAAGAUGGCACACGCCCACCUAACAGACAUCGGACAAACAACGGCCAAUCCCCACCCAGAAGAUGGGCACGAAGGCCGCAAGUUGGCAACGCGUCGUCAGCGUUUAACUCCAGCCACUUACCAGCAGGUUCUAGAUCAUUUGGGCAGGCCAGCAAAAACUCUUCCACUAGACCAGCCCCCACCUCACACAUGACAUCCCAAACUGCUGACUUCCAGAACCCUCCUGUGUUUGUUCCAGAGAGCCCUCAACAUUUGCUUCCUGAAAUUGAUUCUUCGGAUCCUUUUCAGAGCCCUAACAGCAUAUUUACUCCUGAAUUUGACCCUUUCAGUUCAGCUGCUCAGAAUUCAGGUUGGUCGCCUCUGGCAAAUUUUUCUCCAGGUCAAUUUCUGCGAGGGCUGGGAACAGUAGAGGAGCCAUUUGAAUUCUAUAGACCAGAUAUAACCGUGCUGUCUGAUGAGGAGAUAGCAAGACAGCUCCAGCAGGAAGAGUGGGAGUCUAUGAACACACCUAGAGAUCACGUACACUAUGGCGCCCGCGGGGGAUUUUUCAGCCGGGCUAGGUCAACUCUACCUCCUAUUGGACGGGCUGAGCCAGGCAUCAUUGGGAGACCACACCCACCAGAGCCACCUGUUCUGCGCCGCGGGGGUCAAGGAAGCCGUGGGCCUGGGAGAGGUCGCCCACGAACCAGAUAUGACCGUCUGGCUGAAGUCUUCAGUAGGGAGCACAGAGACUUUACACCUUUGCUGGUUGAACUUUUUCAUUCACUGGAGGUGCCAGACUUUGAUUUAGGGGCCCUGAUGCUACCUGGAGCAGGCAUAGACCCAGAUCUUGGAGAGUAUGAGUCUCUGUUAGCCCUGGCUGAGCGCAUAGGUGAAGUGAACCGCGGCCUGAACCAGACGGACAUCAACAGCCUGCCUACAACCAGGUUCUCACACCAGAUGCCUGAUGAGACAACCGCAUCAGCUGCAGUGGAGCUCCCACAAUGCAACAUUUGUUUGACGGAGUACGAGGAGGGGGAGGAGUUGAGGAACUUGCCUUGUAGCCAUGAGUUCCAUUCAGGUUGUGUGGACCAAUGGCUUUUGACCAAUAGAACAUGUCCAGUGUGCAGGUCAGAGGUCAGGCAAAGGUCUUGAUGACACUAGGAUAGCCGGGAACCAAUGGAGAGAAAGUUCAAAGGUCAAUGUUUUUGUUUGCAAGAGAUUUUAAAGAAUAAAGUGAAUGUUUGUUGGCAGAGGUAAAGUAAAUGUUUGCUAUCAAGGGCAAAUUUUUUUUUUUUACUUUUUAUAUAUAUUUUGUAAAAUGUUGAAUUAUUGUAAAGAAAAAAUGUUUUAAUAUGCACAAGUCUUUCUCAUUAGUUUGGUAAGGUGCCAACUGGUGUGUGUCUUGUUUGGUUAGAUGUCUAUUGGUUUGUCUUGUUUGGUCAGAUGUCCACAGUUGUGUCUUGUUUGGUUAGAUGUCUAUUGGUGUGUCUUGUUUGGUUAGAUGUCUAUUGGUGUGUGUCUUGUUUGGUUAGAUGUCCAUUGGUGUGUCUUGUUUGGUUAGAUGUCCAUUGGUGUGUCUUAUUUGGUUAGAUGUCUAUUGGUGUGUCUUGUUUGGUUAGAUGUCCAUUGGUGUGUCUUAUUUGGUUAGAUGUCUAUUGGUGUGUCUUGUUUGGUCAGAUGUCCACAGUUGUGUCUUGUUUGGUCAGAUGCCCAUUGGUGUAUGUCUUGUUUGUAUUCCGACUCAAACAUGAAUCACAAAUUUUUAUCUUUCACAAAUAUUUUUAAACCAAUACAUUUUUAAACACAGAUUGAUUGCAUUAUAUUCACUGUCCUUUAAAAUCAGUUUCAAAUCCAAGCGUGAUUUAAUAAAACCAUGUUGUCAUGUGUUGUGUGAAAUAUGUGAAUGAUAGUUGCUCUCGAUAGAGACUGAUGUUAGGUAACAGUAUAUGAUUAUGUGAAGCAAUGGUUUUUUCCUUCUCUAUUCCUAAUUCUAUAUUUGCUUUGGAAUACUUAAACUUGUCUUUUAUGAAAAGUGUACUGUGAAAUUUAGAAUAUUAUAUUAUGCAAUUAGUAACAAUGAAUGUUGUAAUACGCUGUAUAAACAAUACUGGGUAUUUGAUGAAUUUUUCAAGAUAAUAUCUCUAGGAAAAUAUUUCUUGCUGAUUAUACUUGAUGUUUGCUCAAAUAUUUUUGUUACCUGAAUGUUUUUUAUUCUCUGAUUGUGUUUUAAAGUGGUUGUCACACCACUGGUUGGUGGGAAUUAUGGUCUGUUUUAAAGUGGUAGUCAUAAAACUGGUUGAUUGGAUUGUUGGAAUAAGUGUAUUGGCUUUUGUAUAUUACUUUUAGUAUUGGCUAGAUCAAAGAUUAUACUAAAGUUUUAUUAUAUGCAACUUGGCUUUGUAGUUAAAUUGUGCAAAAAACUGUCUGGAUAGACUGGUAUAGUGGGGUCUUAUAUUUGUAUUCAUGGACAAACACAUGACACACGGGACACAUGACAUUCAUGUACCCAUUGCUUAUCACAACUACCCACACAACACCCAUCUAAUAUGAAACCCUUACAGCCAGACCAGCAUGAGUUGUCUCCCUGUUCCCCUACCUCAUGUCAGCUGUCUCUUGAUGUGACCUUGACACUACCUGACCUCCUUAGUAUUGUCACUCUGGGCUUUUAGUGACAGUCUAUACAGUGAUAGCUAGACAAGAUCACAUGGAUAAAACCUUGAAACUCUAUUGGCUGUUUCUUUGUGUGCUGUUCUGAUGUUGUGAAGGGGAGAGCACUGUAACCAAGGGACACCACUCUGUUAGACUACUGUAUUACUUCACCACCUCACAAUCAUGAGGCUCAAAGUGAUUUAUUUGUGUCUAACAAAAAUCAACUUUAAGCACGUUAUAUUUUAUAUUGAAUUGUAUCAAUUUUUUAUAAAUUAUCUCACCUAUACUCUUGUUAAAACAUGACUACUUGAUCAAGUUUUUUAAAAAUAAGCUUUUAUUGGUAAAAUAUUAUGCAUUAAUAAAAUAUUUAUUGUAACUGCAACUCUAAUAUUGCCCAUCGGAUUUACCAUAAGGUUCUUAUUUAUAAUAUAACAUAUAUCUUCUAUAAUGUUUAUAAAGUUGAUUUUUGAGCCAAUAUUUAUUAUAGAUAGUUUAAGUAUUAAAUAAACUAAAUUAUUAAAAUUAAUUUCGCAUAAUUUUAAAAACUAUUUUCCGAGGUAUUUUUAAAAUUUAUUUGAAAUUUAUACUUUUAACAUUAAUUCAUAACAUGAAAAUAUUUUAAGGUAUUCAUUAUAUUAUGUCUGUAUAACAUGAUGCUUGUUGAAUUUUUGUUAAAAAUAUGACUUAAGUUUAUUUGAAAUAUGAUUUAGUAUCGUUUGAAAUAUGACUUAAGUUUAUUUGAAAUUUGACUGAGUUUAGUUUUGAAAAAAAAAAUGAAAGUGUAUUAUGUACUUAAGCUAAUUAAUUACUCACAAAUGUCACCUCUUACCUGUUUAUGGCAUAUGAAAUGAACUCUUCUUGAAAGAAAACCAUGUAAAAUAUAGGUUUAGACAUAUUGUUUAAUUUACAGGUAUUCUAUUGUUUAUAAACUGACGGGCUUAAAUAACUUGCCUCCUUUUAUAUACAACUGUUUUGAUUGGUGCAUCAUGAAUAGAUCUUUGUUGUUCUCUAUCAUUUACUCUAGGUGCAUUUGAAUUUUAAAGUCUAUGUUUUCAAUUUCACAAUCUAUCGUUCCAUCUUGUGCUGUAUGUUUGGGGGAUCCAUAUAGUAUAUCUCUGUGAACAUCAUUUAGAAAAAAAUUGACAUUAAGAUUCUUGGUAAUGGUUUUCUACUCCUGGGGUAAUUAGUUGUGUCCAUUUACAAUGCUGUGAUAGGCUAUAAGGUGAUACAGGUUGUCUAGUGGUAGCUAUAUGGUGAUACAGGUGGUCUGGUGGUAGCUAUAUGGUGAUACAGGUUGUAGGUGGUAGCUAUAUGGUGAUACAGGUUGUAGGUGGUAGCUAUAUGGUGAUACAGGUUGUAGGUGGUAGCUAUAUGGUGAUACAGGUUGUCUUGUUACAAUAUGGUGAUACACAACACAUGGUGUAUUGUGUGGGCUAUAUGCUGACACUUACAAACAUGGCCCGCACCAUGAACUGAAUGGGAAUAAAGUGAUGUAAUAUAGGCUGAAUGUGAACAGACUUCUUUUAAUGUGUAGACAGGAUGAAUA